AUUGGUCCAGUGCCCGGGGCGGCUACAGUGUUGUUGGCGUCUAAACACCGCGCCGGGACGCAACAGGCGCCCCGGCGCUUAGGAAAUGUAUUAAAUAGGCGACAUCUAACUGUUGUAAAGGUAGUUGUAACUAAGAUGUGGAGGAGGGAUAAUAUGCUGGCCAAACUACUGGCGACAGCUGUACUGCUGCAGUUGGUCUACUGCCAAGAAGAAGAGGAAUCAGGGGACCAGGUUCGACGAUUAAGAUUUCGGCGGCCAAGGCCAAAACUUCUUGAUAUUGAAAACCCCGAAGGAGAACUAGUUGGAAGUCCUAUCCAGCUCAGCGCCAUUGAUUCUGAGAACUCUGCUAGGACCAGUGGAAGUCAGGCUCUUGAUGCUCUUAUCAAGUUCUCCAAAGAUGAAGUUGAACCUCUGCAACUAGAAAUUGAGGAGGUCCCAACCCAAGCACCUCUUCAACUUAAUGAAGCUGAACCUAAGCCUGUCAGACUCGCUGCUGGCCGUAGACGCAUUGCCGGUGAUCCUCGUAGAGGACAGGGUAGGCCUAGACCUCAGCAAGGUGAGAGAGUAGAAACAGUGCGUGGAGAUGAUGAUACCCCAAGAGGUAGACCCAGAGAAGGAGUAAAGCAAGAACCUAUUGGGACCCUGGAAAAAUAUUCUCAUAACAAUGCUGAUGGAAGCUUCACUUUUGGAUAUGUUGGUGCUGAUGGUUCCUUCAGAGAGGAAACUAGAGGAGUUGACUGUAUCACUCGAGGAAAAUAUGGAUACAUUGAUCCUGAUGGUGUGAAAAGAGAGUACUCAUACACAUCUGGACUUCCUUGCAGUGUUGGUGAGAAUGGUGACUUAGAGCAAAAUCUUGAUAUUGAUGGCAAUGCAGUUGUUGAAGAUCCAGUUGAUCCCAGAGAAAGAUUUCGUCAAACCUCAAGUGUCCAACUUGAUGAAGUAGACAUUCCAGAAGAAGCCAAAAGACAGAGAGUACGCCCUGAAGACAGACCACAGGAAGAUCCUAACCUAGGACAAACUGUUUUCACAAACUUUGGAGCUCAACCAGCACAGAGGAGACCUGCACAACCAUCCAGAAAUUCAGGAUCAGCUCUGGAUAACCUUCUUAACUUUGCUGAUGACAGGCCUACUGCCCCUGCUGCAGCUCCUGUUACUCCCAGACCUUUUCCUCAGAGAACUGUUAUCAACCAGGGACCAACUGCAAGACCUGCUGGACCUGCCAAUCCUGGAUCAUUUGAUUUUGAUUCAGAGCUUGAAGGAUUCACAUUAAACCGUCCAUCUCUCACUUUUGAACAGAACAGAGCACAGGAGGCUCCAUCUUCUCAGUUCCAGAGUCAGCUUGUGUUUGAUCAAAAUACUGGAACAUUUCAAACUGAGCUUCGUCAAAACAUUGUUGGUGGUGGUCAAGUUAAUCUACAGAACAAUGCUGCACCAUUUUCUGCAACCACUCCUAGCUCAACUACCUUGGAGGAUGAUGAUCUUGUUCUUACCACACUUGCUGGCUCAAGUCCUUCCCCCAGACCAACCACAUUCUUCUCUACCCAACAAACCAGUCUUGCACCAUCUCCAACUCCUGCUUCAACCAGAGGACCAGUCCUUCCUGCUGGAACCUUCCAACUGGAUUUUGCUCCUCUUAAUAUUCCCCAAACAUCUUUAGCUCCUGCAUCUCCUACACCAGCUGUUUCAAGAUUACCAUCUCCAACCCCUGCUGCUCCUGGAGCAUCCCCACCAAGCCCCUCAGGAGCACCUCCUGCAAACACAUUUUUUGUAUUCUCACCCUUUAACCAACAAGGAGCAGCAGCCCCCAGUCCUAGACCAGUUUCUCAGCCAUUCCCUGCUCCAUUAAACCCUAAUGCAUUCCAAAUCCAACCAGUUCAGAAUUCUGCACCUAAUGCUGCUCCUGCCCAGCUUUCCCCCCAGAGAGUACAGGGAAGUUCUGCCCCAGCUCCUACACUUUCUUCAGCUCCUGCUCCUCAAGCAUUCUUCCAAGGAUUCCCUGGCAGUCCUCCACCCCUUCAGAGCUCCAGGCCCCUUGCACCUGGUCAGUCUAAUCAGCCUUUCUUCAUAGGUUCUCAGCCACAACCUGCACCUCAAGCAUCUUCUGCUCCUCAAGCAGUCCCUUCACGUCCCCAGUCUGCCCCAUCAACUCCUCAGAUUCAGUUUGGAUUCCAACCUGUCCAGCAACAGCAGCCCCAGAAUGCUCCCUUCACUGCAUUUAGAAGUGGAACACCUCCCCAGAUUCAAGCUGCCUUCCAGAGUGCCCAAUCUCAACCUCGACCUCAGCAGCUUGGGGCUAACCCUCCCUUUCAGGGAGCUCCACAGCUGGGAGUCCCCCCACAGUUUCAGGGUGCUCCACAGCCCAACAGAUUUGCUCCUCAGAACUCUUUCUUCCCUGGACAGAGUCAGUUAAGACCAGCCGCCUUCAAUCCUGGCGCACUUGGUCCUCAGCAAGGGUUCUCCGCAUUUAAUGGAGGUCAGCAGCUUCGAGGAGCUUAGACUGUCUAGUCAGGACUUUUGAAAAUAUCUUUAGAAAAUCAAAUUUUAGAAAAUAUCAAAAACAUGUGAUGCCAUGUGGCUCAUGUGUGAUUCAUAAUUCAAUCCUUGUUUACCAAUCUUUUUUUGUUGCACAUUUUCAAGGUUUUAGAAACAUUUUCAUCAUGAUUACAGCAGUACGAUGUUGAAAUCCUGAUGCAAAUUGUUUCAACCCUCCUCGUCCUACCUUUAUCUUGAACUUAACCCCGACAGAUGAAUGUAAUGGCUAAUUCUUGCUAAACCCUGUGAGAUCAUUCCGGAACUAAAGAACCUAAUUUUCCAUGUCAUUCUUUAGUUACGAUCUAAUUAGAUUAGUUCCUCUGGUCACUGCACCGGUAGAUACUAUACACAAGGGUGUCAAGGACACUGCAGGCUUACACAAACUAAUAAUUUUUUUGAAUGUUGGCUGAUCUUUGUUUGGGACAUCUAUGGCUGAUAAAUAGGGCAAUAAGUGCUCUAAAUCUCUAGGCAUGAUACCCACACUGGUCAGUAGUUUGUUAUAACAAGAGUUCUGAGUCGGGGGUGAGUUCAAGGACUUUAAUCUGUACCUGCUCAAAGCACAAGUAUAUAGGGCAGGUUGAAGGACACCAACACUACUAGCCCCAGGGUUCAGGAUCUGGUUCAGCGGUCCAGGGCUCAUCAACUAAUUCCAGGAAUUUUACAUGUUCCAGGGCCCUUACAGUUUAUCAAAUAUUAAAUUUGGCCCAGUUUAAAUGUCAAAAAUUUAAGUUGUAAUAUCAACAUUAAAGUUUCGCGGAUUUAAUGCAAAUUAAAACUUUAUUGCUGAGAUACCUCGCCUUGGCAUUAUAAGAUAGAUAGAUAGAUGGAUUUUUUGAUUGAUUGAAGAUAUCGAAACCGGAAAUAGAUUUAGCUGUACGGCAUAGAGGCUCUAGGCAUUUCCAUUCCCCAACCUUCUCCUUUCCUUAAAGUACCUUCUUUUAAACUUUCCUCAUCUAUUUCCUCGAUAUAGUUAAUUUCAGUAUUUAGUGCACUUUUCCACUUUAUUCCAUUCUUACUUAUCCACUUACGUAUCCUGUCCACACCUGUCCUAUUCCAGCCUAUCCUGUUCCAUCCAAUCCUACCUUAUCCUUUCCUACUUUCCUACUUUCCUACUUUCCUUUCCUGUCCUGUACUAUUCCAACCUAUCUUUUCCCAUCCAGUCCUGCCAAAUCCUUUCCUAUUUUUCUAUCCUGUACUGUCCUGUUCUAUCCUUUAAGAUCCUUUCCUAUCCUGUCCUAUUCUGUCCAAUCCUAUUCUGUCUUAUCUUAUUAUAUCCUUUCCUGAUCUUCCCUAAUCUAACAUAUCCUAGCCAACUAUUUCCUAUCAUGUACUUCCGUAAAGUUUCCUAUUUCCUUUCCCAUCCUUUCUUACAUAAUUCCUAUAUUUUUAGUUCCUUUCUACCCUGCACUUUAUAAUGUCACAUCUUUCUAUCAAGAAAUACGUUGCUGUCCCUAAAACCUGUCCUAAUUACAUUCUGCAUUGUACUCCUGCUCUUUUUCUCCUGUUCAAGCUUGAGGUCAAACCUCUUUUUAGAACAGGAGAAAUAGACCAGCUCCUAGUCCUGUUCAAAGUAUGGAAACAGGAGCCCUGUAUCCAUACUGUUAUCUUACACUGUAUCCUAUUAUGCCCCAGUUAAAAACCUUUAUUAAUAUGUUUAAUAUAUUCAUUUGUUAAAUAUAUAUUAAAAUAUAUUGUUAA